AUGGUGCUUGUGGCACUUGUUACGGGUGGAAUUGGGGGCGGAAUUGCGGAAGAAACGAAGGGUGAGAAGGAUAAAGGAAGUGAUUCAAAGCACAGUACAUCGCAGUCAAGUCCCGGGCUUACGAACACAACAUCACCAUGUCAAAGCGAUCCAUACACAAACGAUACGAUAGUUCAAGCGAUUCCCGGCAAGGAUAUGGUCUCCACCAAUUUCAAACUGUUUUGCAAUCGCACGUUCGAUGUGGAGUCCAGUAAACACCUGAUGAGCCUCGCAAUACCUGAUACCGAAUGGUGCAAACUGUUUUCGGCGAGUGGAUGGGGCACCGAUGAAGCUGGAGCGGAUUGCGCGGUCAACCUUGCGCCGGUCAUGGGUCCUAGUAUCAUCGCGGGUGGAAUUAGUAGUAUGCCCACUUCUGCUACUUCGAUCAGUAUCCCGAAUACGAUGUUAAUUGGUCCUCCUUCCAAAUAUCAAACGAAAGCUUUGACGCGGACUUCGACUGAAGAUACUGGGGGUGUAGUCUUUGUUCUAUAUUCAUUUACAAGCCAGGUCAUUUCAGGCUCAACUGUAGUGCUGGCGACAACGUUUCCUACCAGUUAG